AUGAUACGACGAUUCAUCAUGACUGCCCCAAAAACAAAAGCUCCUAAGAAAGGAAAAGUUCAAGACUUUGUAUUGAAAACCCCAAAGGGUACCAAGGAUUGGGCCGAUAAGGAUAUGGUCAUUAGAGAGGCCAUCUUCGGUACAUUAUCCAACUUGUUCAAAAAACACGGUGGUGUCACCAUCGACACCCCAGUCUUUGAAUUGAGAGAAAUCUUGACUGGUAAAUAUGGUGAAGAUUCUAAAUUGAUCUACAACUUGGAAGAUCAAGGUGGUGAACUUACUUCUUUGAGAUACGAUUUGACUGUCCCAUUUGCCAGAUUUGUCGCCUGCAACAACAUUGCCAACAUCAAGAGAUACCACAUUGCCAAAGUCUACAGAAGAGAUCAACCAGCCAUGACCAAAGGUAGAAUGAGAGAAUUCUACCAAUGUGAUUUCGACGUUGCCGGUAAUUACGACACCAUGGUCCCAGAUUCAGAAAUCUUGGCAUUGUUAUGUGAUGGUUUGACUGGUUUGGGUAUUCAAGAUUUUAAAGUCAAAUUGAACCACAGAAAGAUCUUGGACGGUAUUUUCGAAGCCUGUGGUGUCAAAGAAGAAGACGUCAGAAAAGUCUCCUCUGCUGUUGACAAAUUGGACAAAGUCGAAUGGAAACAAGUCAAAGCUGAAAUGGUUAAUGAAAAAGGUCAAGACGAAGCCGUCGCCGACAAGAUUGGUGAAUUUGUCAAACACAAUGGUUCUAUCCGUGAAGUUUUGGAAUACUUGCAAGGAAAUGAAAUCAUCAAAUCUAGUGCCACCGCUCAAGAAGGUAUCAAGGAAAUGGAAAUCUUGGCCGACUACGUCGAUGCCUUCGGUAUCAACAACUACUUAUCCUUUGACUUGUCCUUAGCCAGGGGUUUGGGACUACUACACUGGUUUGAUCUACGAAGCCGUCACUGCUGCCUCUGCUCCACCAAAAAACGCCUCUGA